UGUAACGUUACGGUCGACCAACCUAUUUACCCCGGUCAAACCCGGAAAUAGUUUGUCUGUCUCCCUCUGGAUGGAAGCAGGAGAGUAGCCCCGACUCCUGUAACCUCUCCACUGUGUUGCAUAAAGCUUCAGACACUGAGGUCACCAUCAACCCUGGUGUGAGUGUCUGUGUGUGGAUGCUGCCGAGGUGUGUGUGUGUUUUAGGGUGAUGUACUGUGCAUAUCAAGACCGUGAGGAGCUGGAAGAUGAUCUCUACCAAGAGGAUGACGGAGACUCUGAGGGGUCAGAGGCCAACAGCGAGGUGGAGUUCCGCCUCUAUAGCCAGCUCCACUACUCCUCUAAUGCUGGGGAGAUGGAGGAGCAGGAGGACAGAGGUGAAAUGGUGGCGGGCGAGGACAGCAGGCAGCCAGAGGCGACUGAAAUGAAUCUAGAUGCUGACGGAGAACUGGAACACAUUGGAGAUGAUGGACUUCCAUCACUCAACAUGAGCAUUCUACAGCAGCACCUAAAGAAGGUGAAAGAGAAACGUGAUAAGCAGAAAAGGGGGAAGAGUGGUCCUAAAAGUCAGGGGACGCCAUCAUCCCUUUUAGAGGAGGUCAUCGUGAUUGACUCUGGCCCCGAUGUCAUCUCCAUCUCUGAGGAUGACACUGCCGAUGAGGAAGGGGUCUGUUCCUUGAAGGGUCACGCCUUACACCGACUGCAGACAUCCACACCAGCACAACAGGCAAACCAGAACAGGAAGAGGAUUCUUAGCGUGCCAGUGACCGUGGACUCCAGCAGCUCAGAAUCUGAUUCAGAAGAGUCGGAAUCCAAAUCUGAGUCCGAUUCUUCUGAUUCAUCAGAUUCAGAAGAUCUGGAGAACUGGAUGAUCCUGGGUCGGGGUACGCGAGAAAAAGAAGAUCUGUCCAUCUCACUCAACCUGGAGGGAGGGUCUGACGGUGGCAACACAGAUGCUGAAGGAGAAGAGGGCAGCUGGUUGGUCUCUGACAGGGACAAGGAGGCUCAGAUCUAUAACAAAGACAAAGGUUCCAGGAUAACGAUCCAGCGGCUGCCUAACAGAUACUAUACCAGCAAGAACGUCCAAUGUAGAAACUGCAACAAGACCGGGCAUCUCUCCAAGAACUGCCCCGAGCCCAAAAAGUUGUCGUCCUGCUUCCUUUGUGGCACCCCAGGCCAUAUGGUCAUUGAAUGUCCCAAUAAGCACUGCAACAACUGUGGACUGCCCGGUCACCUGUAUGGCUCCUGCAGCGAGAGGCCUUACUGGCACAAACAGUGUCAUCGCUGUAGCAUGAAGGGACACUUCUUCGACGCUUGUCCAGAGAUCUGGAGACAGUACCACCUCUCAACCAAGACAGGUCCUCCUUUAAAGCAGAAAGGCGAGGACAACGGUCGAUCUCCUGCCUACUGCUACAACUGCUCCAGGAAAGGACACUUCGGCCACGCGUGCACACGGCAAAGGAUGUUCAAUGGGGUGUUUGUCAGCAUCCCUCUCAUCAACCACUACGACACCGUGGAGGACAUCAACCGCAGACAACACAGGACUAAGCUGAAGGUUAAAGAAUUGAAGAAGAAUGGCUGUUUCACCAACACCUGUCAGACCCCUGUCACACCAGGACCGCCAAAGAAGAAACCGAAGGUCGGGCAUCACAAAAACAACCACACGCCUCACCAAACCCCCAGCAACCACAAGCCCAGUUCCAGCCAUAUAUUUUUCAGUGACAAAGACUUCAGGGACGAGACACCCAAAACAAAUGAGAGCAAGUACCAGCAACCGCAAAGCACAGGCAAUGUGAAACGGUGGAAAGCCAAGAGACCAGUGCCCACCUCAAGAGACCCCCUCCCAUCCAAAAAAAUCAUUUUGGAUGAAGCAGCUGACUUUCCCAGAGGGCGAGGCAAAGGAGAGAACUCAGCUCAGAAGAAGAGCAGGGGGAAAAAGAUGAAGAAAACAAAGGUGGAGGGACACCGAGAGGGCAGACCAGACCGUCUCCGUUGGAAUGUAGCCGGUGGGAUGCAGCGGUCAGAGUCGAAGCAAGAGCUCGGAGCGAGCGGUAAGAAGAAGAGAUAUCGAGGCCGCAGGAUUGCCGGCAGUAAACACCACGCUGAGCCGAUGUAUCCAACGGAUGAGAACCUGUUUAUCAUCAAACAGAGGAAACGCAACAGAUAGCAUCAGUGUUUGUGAGGUGUGGGUGUCAGAGGCUGUCAGGGCUGUGCUCCAUAUGAUCUGUGGCCAUACUGUACGGUCACAACAUUUACAGACACGACUCUAAGGGUCUCACUGCAAAAGUCACCAGUUCUGCUUAAGCCGUUUUCAGAGAACACAUUUUGACAUGUCACAACAGGAAAAGCACAGAUGUAAAUAUAGAAAUUAAAAAUGUCUACAUUCAGUUUAGCAGCUUCAGUUUCAGGGUCCUGGUGUUGUACAUGUUGGACUCACUGUCACACUUCCAUGACUUCCUGGGACAUUUGAGUAGAAUUAACCAAUAAAAUCUGUAACCCAGUGUCCACGAACAUUGGGACCAUAUACUGGCCAUUAAAAGAUCAAUUUCAACGUGAAAGGUGAGGGACAAAUUUCACAGUCCUCAUUCUCUGCAGAAAUGUUUAUCUGAAAGUAAUAUGAGGUUUCGGGAUUCUGAGUUAGACAAAUUACAGCAAGGAAUUUUGAACUAUAAUGGCACUAUAAACUUUAAAAGACAACACAUCUGUUUGAUUUGCAUACCUUUUUUUUGUACAAAAUGAGAACUGCAGAUUUUGUUCCCCGUCAUUUACAUUGGAAGUACGUAAGGAAGAGAUCAUUUAAUGUCCAGUAUGAACACGAGGAAUGAAAACAGCCAGCAAAUAUUGUUUCAACACUGACCAGACACAACAUUGAAACAUUUACUGGUUGUAACUUGCUACAUGGAAAAUACCUGAAACUACAAAAUAGCUUUAAAGCACAUUACUGAGAGGAAUCUUUCAAAACAGGAAAUGCAGCAAUCUGCCACAACAAUGUAACUAGUUACCUGUUGUAAUGAUGUGGCUGAUCGGUGUGUUUACAGCCACCUGAUUGUAUUGUCAGACAAGAAAAAUCAUGACCAUAUUGUUGUUGUUACUACUAAUCUGUGCUUGUCCUAAUAUGACGAGGUACGUUUGUGUUGAUGUGGUCGAUCCUGAACUCUGAGCUGCCUUUUCACUGUCUCACCUUGUUGUCAAUGGGAGAAUUACAACCCGUAUUAAAACCGAGGCAUCGAUUCAUGACAUUUAAGAAUUGUUUCGGUCGCUGUUGGGCAGAGGAGAUAGUUCAGGAGUUCAUGUGGUUAGUUAAUUAAAAACAAGUCAUUAAUAUCAGUGUCAACAUGUCAGUUAAAUAGGAUCACUUUCAUUGCUAAUGGGCAAUGAAUUAAUUUGCUGCAUCAACUUAAUAUAGUAAUUAUUUAAUAGGUAAUAGUUAGAAUAAGUCUAUUGCCAUCAUCGUCAUGUUCUUUGUCAAUUUGUUUGUUCAGAUUUCAUUUUUGCAUAGUGAAAAAUUUAAUUGAAACAGUUUGCUCUUUGAAGUACAGUAAUAGAAUUUCCCAGUGCCUCCACUCUCAAUGUAAUUUUAGAGUCGUUGCUGCUGUUGCCACCAAAGGAUGGUUUUUGUUUUUUUAAACUACUCUUGGAAGAUGGGCCUUUUUUCAUUGAGAAAUGAAGCAGUGUCUUCAUUUGUAAAUUAUCCAAAUAUAUGAAAUGUGUAAAUGUUUUUAUUACAUAUUUUUGAUGCAAAACUGCAGAUGGUCACUUCGCCAGUUCUUGUGUGAUCUGGACAGCCUGCGGCACUGACAUGCAGCCCUGACGGUUUCAGUCUCUAACCACCCACUAAUUUAAAUAAGUUAUUUAUCUUAAUUGUUGUGGUUAUAACUUGAUUGAACCUCGAUAACACACAAGAGUGUGAUGGUAACAUGAUAACAUGAAUACAAGUUACCCAAAGUCUCUGUGGAAAAAUAAAACAUGAAUCAGCUGCUUCA